AUGAAAAGAAGUGAAGAGUUUCUAACUGAAAAUCAGAAUCAAGAGGAAAUAAGUAUCCUUCGUUGUUGGAAAUGUAGAAAAUGUAUAGCAAGUUCUGACUGUUUCAUAAAAUAUCUUGAGAGUCAAGUGACUAAGGAUAGACAUGAUUCAGUUGAUGUUCAAAAUACUUGUCAUGUAUGGCACAUGAAUACAGAAGCUCUUCCAGAAUGGAUAAACUGCCUCAUACAAAAAGCCCAGUGGACAGUUGGAAAACUGAAUUGCCCUUUCUGUGGGGCCCGUUUAGGGGGCUUUAAUUUUGUCAGCACUCCAAAAUGUUCCUGUGGCCAGCUUGCAGCUGUACAUCUCUCCAAGAGCCGGACCGAUUUUCAGCCAGCAGAGGCAGGCAGACUAAUGAGACCAUCGCUGAAGUACUUGUCACAUCCUGGAGUUCAGUCAGGUUGUGACAAGGAAACUCUGCUGACAGGUGGUAGCUCCAAAAGCAGAAAUCACAGGCUUUUAAACAUGGCCCAAAAUAAUAAUGGCCCUGGAAGAUUAACAGACGCACUCUGCCUAGAGGUGAGAGCAACAUAUUUUGAGAUGAAGAACAAAAAACUGCUCUUCAAAGCAUCUGAUCCAAAAUACCAGCUUUUUGUUCCCCAGCUUCUGACUGGCAGAUGUACUACAAGAGCUUUUCAUAGAAAAUCACACAGUCUGGAUCUGAACAUCAAUGAGAAACUGACUUUAUUACCCACUUUAUAUGAAAUUCAUAGUAAGACUACUGCCUAUCCCAGGCUAAAUGAAACACAGCCUAUUGACCUUUCAGGCUUGCCUUUACAAUCUAGUAAAAAUGGCUGUUCCUUUCAGAACUCAUCGAGUUUUGAUCCUGACAUGCUGCUGCAAAGAUUUUCAGUGGCUCCCCGUGAAACCCAGACACAAAGAGGAAGCGAAUUUCAGUGUGGUCUGGAAGCUUCUUCAGUGUACUCUGACCAUGCUAGCGCGAAUAACCUGACUUUCGUGAUGGACCUGCCCUCAGCUGGCAGGAGCAUGCUGGAGGCCUCAGACCAAGAAGAACACCUCUCCCCACUGGACUUCCUGCGUUCAGCCAGUUUUUCAUUGGGCACCAUUAAUCAGAGGCUCAAUAAGAGAGAAAGGAGCAAGUUGAAGAAUCUAAGAAGGAAACAACGAAGGCAUGAAAGAUGGCUACAGAAGCAGGGUAAAUAUCCAGGAGUGGGAUUGCUGGAUCAUAUGACUUUGAACAAUGAGAUGAGUACAGAUGAUGACAAUGAAUAUACAGAAGAAAAGGAUAGCUACAUAUGUGCAGUGUGUCUCGAUGUUUAUUUCAACCCUUACAUGUGUUACCCUUGCCAUCACAUCUUCUGUGAGCCCUGCUUACGGACUCUGGCCAAAGACAAUCCUGCAAGCACUCCCUGCCCAUUGUGUCGGACAAUUAUUUCUAGAGUCUUUUUCCAAACAGAACUGAACAAUGCCACAAAAACCUUCUUUACUAAAGAAUAUUUGAAAAUUAAACAAAGCUUUCAAAAAUCCAGCUCUGCAAAAUGGCCCCUACCAAGCUGCAAAAAAGCAUUCCAUCUUUUUGGAGGUUUCCACAGACGUGCAGCACCAGUUACAAGAAGGCAGUUCCCACAUGGUGCACACAGGAUGGAUUACCUGCACUUCGAGGAUGACAGCCGCGGAUGGUGGUUUGACAUGGAUAUGGUGAUCAUCUAUAUUUAUUCAGUUAACUGGGUCAUUGGAUUUGUUGUUUUCUGUUUUCUUUGCUAUUUUUUCUUUCCGUUUUAGGAAUUUUCUUACCUUACUACAGUUGAACAAUCAUGAAUGAUGUAAAUAACAAUUGCUUAAACAUUUUUAAAAUGUGCUUUGAAGUUUUUAUAAUGUUGCAUUAUAUAAAUUUUUGGUGUUUAUAGAAAGCCUGAGAAUAAUGGACUUAUUUAUUAAUGUUUUUCUUAUAACAAACUAAAUUUUAUUUAAGAACUAAGCUAUUCAGCACUUAACAACAAUGCACUAUUAAGUUCAUAGUUCUUUUUAAUUUAGGAUUUCUGGCUCUAAUUUUACAAUGUCACUUUAUUGCUUAUUUUGAUUAUAAAGACUGAGGUUUUCUCUCCACUUAAAUAUAGUGAAGAUACAAAAUGAAAUGGUAAUCUGAGUAGGUAGUAUCUAUACUGAUAAAAUAUUUAGUCAAUCACCACUUAUUCUCAGGCAAAGUAUAUACAUUAAAAAUAAACCAUAUUCUCUGGGAACUAAUUGAGCAGGGUAUAUUCAGUUUUGGUUUCCAAUUAUCUCUAGUCAUGUCCUACUCUAUUACCAAGAAAGCUGACUAUCCUUUCUUGUAUUGACCUAACAAUAGCUUAGUAAAACAUUUUUAAUUAGUAUGAGCAAAAAAAUAGUAAAUUCAAAAAGAGACUAACCUCCACCAAUAGAAACUUAAGAGAAUUCUAUUAACACUUUCCAAACUGCAGGAUGAAUUGUCUAAAACAUAAAAAAUUUACAGACUUUUUGUAGUCUAAAAGAGCAAUGCAUGUCCAAACUGUAAUUAAUUUAGUGAUUCAUUUAACUAGGAAAUGAUCAAAUAUAUUGUAAACGUGCAAUAAAGA